AUGACACAUUCUCUUGGGCUCUCUGAACGAGCUACUCGUUCAGAAAAGCAUUAUAAAUUUACAUAUCAGAAAUUGUUGCAACUAAGUAAAGAACUUGAUGAACUUCCAUAUGAGGAUAAUGAUAAUGUUUGUGAUGAUCAAGUUAACGGGUCAAAUAAUGAUUUGAACUCAAGUGAACAAAGAGAAAAAUUUAGUUUGCUUGACCCUCCAUGCGUGGCUACUAAAGGACGUCCUCGUUCUUUGAGAAUGAAAAGUGGUUUAGAAAGUUCUCAGAAGGUUAAAAGAAGCUCUUCGCUGAAAUCAAAAAGAGAAACCAAAAUCAGAAAAAAAGGCAAAGGAGUAAGUUCACACAUUAAUGUUGAAAAGGAAUUCAAUAGCAGGGAAACAAUCAUUAAUGCAGAUCCUACAAUGGAAUUCUCAGCAUAUUCAGAACCUUUUGAAGGGCAAAGUGGUCGUGCUGAUUCAUAUCCAACCUCAUUUAUGGAUUUGAUGAGAGCAACUUCGUAUCCAUAUCAAAGAGGUUUCUAA